GCCCGUUUUGCGGGAACAGCGUCAACAGAAAAGCCGGGGGCCGUGAAUGACGCGUGGUGUGCUUGCUCUAUUUGGGCAAUAUUUUGAAACUUCCCAAUCAAACCUAUAUACUUUUUCGGCUUUUCGGACCUGUUUUAAACGGAAUUACUCGUGUCCAUAGCGAAACAACGGAAUUAGCCAGCCCAUCAUGUCCCAAACAGAAAGCAGCAUGGAGCAGCAGCAGCAGCAGGAAGAGCCGAGCCAACUCGACUCGGCCGGUCCGGCAGAGGAUGAUGCUUCAGAAAACGGGCAAGAUGAAGCAUCGGAUACAGCAAUGGAUAGUGAAGCGCAGUCGUCAUCACCUCCCUUGGCAAAGGAAAAGGACCAGCCGGGUGGAUAUGAAGAAAAAGUGAAAACAGACCGGACCAACAGAUUCGAGUACCUCCUGAAGCAAACUGAAUUGUUUGCUCAUUUCAUCCAACCAGCUGCCCAGAAGACCCCAACUUCACCUCUAAAGAUGAAGCCUGGCCGCCCUCGCAUAAAAAAAGACGAGAAGCAGAACCUGCUCUCUGCUGGAGAUAACCGCCACCGUCGGACUGAGCAGGAGGAGGACGAGGAGCUGCUGAGUGAAAGCAGCAAGGCCACUAGCGUUUGCACACGUUUUGACGAGUCGCCUUCCUAUGUGAAAAAUGGCAAACUGAGAGACUACCAAGUCCGUGGACUGAACUGGCUCAUUUCCCUCUAUGAGAACGGAAUCAACGGGAUCCUUGCUGAUGAAAUGGGUCUUGGUAAGACUCUACAGACCAUCUCUCUGCUGGGCUACAUGAAGCAUUAUAGAAACAUUCCUGGACCUCACAUGGUUCUGGUGCCCAAAUCCACCCUGUAUAACUGGAUGAACGAGUUCAAGCGUUGGGUUCCCUCUCUACGAGCUGUCUGCCUCAUUGGGGACAGGGAUGAAAGAACGGCUUUUGUCCGUGACACACUGCUGCCAGGCGAGUGGGAUGUGUGCGUGACUUCCUAUGAGAUGGUUAUUAUCGAGAGGGCCGUCUUCAAAAAGUUCAACUGGAGAUACCUGGUCAUUGAUGAGGCUCACCGUAUCAAGAAUGAGAAAUCAAAGCUUUCAGAGAUUGUGAGAGAGUUCAAGACCACAAAUCGAUUGCUGCUGACUGGAACCCCACUACAGAACAACCUUCACGAGCUUUGGGCACUGCUGAACUUCCUGCUGCCUGACGUCUUCAACUCCUCAGAGGAUUUUGAUUCCUGGUUUGACACCAAUAACUGUCUGGGAGACACAGAACUGGUGGAACGUCUACAUACUAUGCGUCUGUUGAACGUACUGAUGCAGCUCAGGAAGUGCUGCAACCACCCCUACUUGUUUGAUGGAGCGGAGCCUGGCCCACCCUACACCACUGACCUCCACCUGGUGGUCAACAGCGGAAAGAUGGUGGUACUGGACAAGCUGCUGCCGAAGCUCAAAGAGCAAGGUUCCCGUGUGCUGAUCUUCAGUCAGAUGACCAGGGUGCUGGACAUUCUGGAGGAUUAUUGUAUGUGGCGCAACUUCGGUUACUGCCGUCUAGACGGACAGACUCCUCAUGAGGAGCGACAGAUCUCCAUCAACACCUUCAAUGAGCCCAACAGCUCGAAGUUUCUGUUCAUGUUGAGCACCAGAGCAGGAGGUCUCGGUAUCAAUCUGGCCACUGCUGACGUCGUCAUCAUCUACGACUCGGACUGGAAUCCUCAAGUGGAUCUUCAGGCUAUGGAUCGUGCCCACAGGAUUGGUCAAAAGAAACAGGUGCGCGUGUUCCGUUUUAUCACAGAAAAUACAGUGGAGGAAAGAAUUGUGGAACGUGCAGAAAUGAAGCUCCGCUUGGACUCUAUUGUCAUUCAACAAGGCAGGCUGGUCGAUCCAAACACGAGCAAACUGGGCAAAGACGAGAUGCUGUCCAUCAUUCGACAUGGUGCCACUCAUGUGUUUGCCUCUAAGGAGAGCGAGAUUACCGAUGAAGACAUUGAUGCCAUCUUGGAGAGAGGAAAGAAGAAGACAAUGGAGAUGAAGGAGAAGUUGGCCAAUCUUGGAGAAAGCUCACUGAGGAACUUCACCAUGGACACAGAGAACAGCGUGUACAACUUUGAGGGUGAAGAUUACAGAGAAAAGAAAAAGGUCAUCACUAACUGGAUUGAGCCGCCCAAGAGAGAGCGCAAGGCCAACUACGCUGUGGAUGCUUACUUCAGAGAGGCCCUGCGUGUCAGCGAGCCCAAAGCACCAAAGGCUCCCCGUCCUCCCAAACAGCCCAAUGUUCAAGAUUUCCAGUUCUUUCCCCCUCGGCUUUUUGAGCUGCUGGAGAAAGAGAUCCUGUAUUACAGGAAGACUAUUGGCUACAAGGUGCCAAGAAACCCCGAUCUGCCCAACUCGGCCCAAAUGCAGAAAGAGGAACAGGCCAAGAUCGAUGAAGCUGAACCUCUUAAUGAGGAAGAGCUGGAGGAGAAGGAGAACCUCCUCUCACAGGGCUUUACUAUCUGGACCAAGCGUGACUUCAAUCAGUUCAUCAAGGCCAAUGAGAAGUGGGGAAGAGACGACAUCGAGAACAUCGCCCGUGAGGUCGAGGGCAAAACCCCGGAAGAGGUCAUGGAAUAUUCUGCUGUGUUCUGGGAGCGCUGCAAUGAGCUGCAGGACAUUGAGAAGAUCAUGGCUCAGAUCGAGAGAGGAGAGGCCCGAAUCCAGAGGAGGAUCAGCAUCAAGAAAGCACUGGACUCUAAAAUUGGCCGUUAUAAGGCGCCGUUCCAUCAGCUCAGGAUCUCGUACGGCACAAACAAAGGCAAGAACUACACAGAGGAGGAGGAUCGAUUUCUCAUCUGCAUGCUGCACAAACUGGGCUUUGACAAGGAGAGCGUUUAUGAUGAGCUGCGCCAGUGCAUCCGCAACUCGCCCCAGUUCCGCUUUGACUGGUUCCUCAAGUCCCGCACUGCUAUGGAGCUUCAGAGGAGAUGUAACACACUGAUCACGCUCAUCGAGCGGGAGAACAUGGAGCUGGAAGAGCGAGAGAAAGCAGAGAAGAAGAAGAGGGGCCCUCGCACAUCUUCGGCCCAGAAACGCAAGCAGGACGGGACCCCAGAUGGACGCAGCCGCAAGAAGAAGCUCAAAUUGUGAUCGGCGUCACGCCUGACUUGGCGAGGACCUUCAGUUCAGCGAUUCUUGCGUUUGUUGUUACGGGUCCCACUCAUGUACUGUAUAGAUUUGCAGCACUGAACCUCGCCUCCAAGUAGCUUGACCUCUUUAACAAGGUGUAGAGUUGUAAAUUAGAUCUCUCUUUUAGCUAUAUAAAGUGCUACGGCUGUGCUGUCAGUUAUGUUUUGUAUUUAUGCCAACUUUUUUGUUUUUUUGUACCACAUUCCAUUUGGCUUGUAUCAGUUUGAUUUGCCGUCUUUCCCUCAUUAUUAGCAUCUUCAGUAUCAUCUCUGUAUCCUCAGUUGAAUAGUCAAUUGGAACGUGACUAAUAAAUGUUGUUUUUAUAAA